AUGUAACAUUUUUUAGCCUUUGCCUGGGCGAUUCCACUGGUUAAGGGUUGAAUGUUCUUAAUUAUUUAUUGAGUAUUCGAAUUGGUAUGAAGCCUUUGCCAUGGCUAUCUCUUUAUAGGCACUGCGCGACCGGGAAAUCCAUCUGAUACGGAUCGCCGCCGCCGCUGAACCGACUGUAUGGAUGUUGGUAAAAGAAUAUAUCAUCAGUGCAAUUUUUAGCUGACCGGAAAUGAUUACUAGGUCGUCUUAUUCGUCGGGAAGCGUCAAUAUCGAGUCGUCCACUAAGAAGCUUGAUGUCGAUCACCAUCUCCGCCUCCGUGUUUAUUUUCGUCUUGCUGACAAUGUCCUCAGACAGGCUGACAUUUUUCGAGAAGAGGGUAAUAUAAUAGAUUUAUAUGUUAUGCUGCUCAGGUUCUCAAGCUUGGUCUCUGAGACGAUACCAUGCCACCGAGAUUACAGAUUAUCUCCACAAAGCAACAGAAUUUAUCUAAGAAAGAAAUUAUUAAAUGCAGUUGCGGAGCUUGAGGAUCUGAAGCCUGCUGUCCAGAAGAAAAUUGAAGAACUGAGCAGAAGAAGUACACAUCAACCAAAUAAGUGGGGAAAUUAUCAUCAGGGUAAUCUUCUUGGUCAUCCACAAGAUCAUCAUCUUGUCAAGAAACAGAAUUUCAGUACUUGUGGAACCAAGGCACCUUCAUCUUCAACUCGAGAAUACCUCCACCAGGGUCCAAGGUCUCAAAAGCAAACACUUGCCAAGACGGGAGGUGAACGGUUUCACAGAUUAUCACUAAGUUUGACCCGACCGAAGGAAGAAAGUCUGACCAGACAUUCUAUUUUGGGCCCAAAUGGUCUUCAUGGGCAAUGGCAGCCACCUCCUACCAAUAUGGGGGUCACAUAUCCUACUAAUGUAGACCUCACACCUGUUGAGAUCCCAAGAGUCAAUGACUUCCAACAGGUCAAGGGAGAUGGAGCUUUAGUUGGGAAAUUUGGCAACACUUAUUUGGAAAGACUGAAGCCAAAGUCGAUGGUUCCAAAUAAUGACAACCAAGUGCCUCAGGUUAAGGAAUACCCAUCAUUGAUAUCUUUUGAAACAGAAGAAAGUUCUGUAAAGAAAGAAGUUACCCUACAGCCGUCUCCACUUGUUGUUCUUCCAGAAGGACAAGAUUUGACUGCAUCACCACAAGUACUUCAACAACCAUCCCCACUCCCAGUUCUUGCAGAAGUACAUGAUUUGAUCCCAAAAACAUUGCCUGAAGCCCCUGAGGUUGAAGGGGGGUUGCAUAAUCCUUUGCCCAAUAAUUUAGUCUGUGUUGAAGAUCCUCUGCAAUUGCACAUUUCAACAGCUCUUAUGGAUACUUUCAUGAAACUAGCAAAGUCAAACACACACAACAAUUUGGAGACCUGUGGUAUUCUUGCGGGAUCACUAAAGAACCGGAUCUUCUAUAUCACGGCUCUUAUCAUCCCUAAACAAGAAUCAACAUCAGAUUCAUGUCAAGCUACAAAUGAGGAGGAAAUCUUUGAAGUGCAGGAUAAGAGAUCACUUUUUUCCCUUGGUUGGAUUCAUACACAUCCAACACAAUCAUGUUUCAUGUCAUCAAUUGAUGUGCACACCCAAUACUCUUAUCAGAUAAUGUUACCUGAAGCUGUUGCUAUUGUCAUGGCACCAAAAGAUGCAUCAAGAUCUCAUGGAAUUUUCAGGUUGACAAAUCCUGGUGGUAUGACAGUUAUCAGGCAAUGCCCUAGACGAGGCUUUCAUGCCCAUGACCCCCCUGCUGAUGGUAGCCCAAUUUAUAACAAUUGUACAGAUGUUUAUAUGAGCUCUACAUUGAACUUCGAUGUCAUUGAUCUUCGGUGAUGUGCAAAUCUCGUAGUUGGAGUGUUGAUCUUCAGUUUGAGAAAAUUGUUUCUAGUUCUGUGUAAAUUCGGUUUGAUGGAAUUGGUUGGCGUUCUAUACAAAGCAUGAUUAGCUGUGAAUUCUCAUGGUGCCUGCUUUUUGGAAAAGCUGUUAUACUUAGUUGUUCGUUACAAGCAGAAAUGCAGAAUAUCAAGGAACUUGUAUAGACUAGACGACUCCGUCAUUAUUGUUUGUAUUUGAUAGACACAAGAACUGAUGUUAGAAGUAAUAUGCAUUUAAGGAAA